GAACAUCACAAUCGUUCCACUUUAAAUUGGAAUUAGUGAUAGUGGAGCGGGAAUUUCUAAAAAUAAAUUGUUCAACUAUCUUCUUCGAAGCUACUUCCAAAAUGUUGACAUUCGCAACUGAAGAUCAUCUAAGCGAAACGAAAAAAAGGACAUUUCAUUGCAUCUAUGAACGCGUUCGAAGAUUUGACGAUCCAUUUGUUCUCGGUGGUCUCAUAAUAACAUGUAUCGGAUUGAUUCUUGGAAUAAUAAUAAUAGUCAUUAGAAAACUGCAUUUUGCAUCUGUGAAGAAAAGUUUUUUCAUCGUUAUAACAAUGAUAAUUAUGAUUGUUGGUUUAGCAUUACUAAUUUCAUGUGCAGAAGUGUAUGAAAUAUUAAUUUCUCUACCUGCGGCUACCGGAUUGACCAUCUUAGCAAUUUUUAUGGGAAUAAGGCUAAAAGAUUUAGAAACGAAAUUCAUCACGAUCUUGUUCUUGACAUUUUGUUUAUCUACAGGAAUCGGAUUCAUUCUCUUUGUUAUCGGGAUGAUAUUCUAUGACAAUGUUUUACAAGGUGAUGCCUGGGUUUGUUGGGGCUGCGCAACGUUUGUUGCGAUUAUAUUCACAACAGAUUAUCUGCAACGCAAACAGUUUUCUAAAAUGUACAACAUAUUCCUAUUGUUUUAUGAAUAUUUCGCGCUUAACAUCACUUCAGAGUUUUUUGUAAAUUCACUAAUGCAUUGUAAUUGGACCAAUGUGAACAACGUAUUUGAGCUCAAACAACAACUGAAAGAGAUAAUGAUUAGACAUGAUGAAUAGCUGCUAUUCCACUGGAUGUUUUGAUUGUUUUACAGGUAUUCACGUGAAAUAUCUUGCAGAUUUUUGUAAACUACUUUGUUAUUUAUAAUAGAUGUUCUGUUUAUUAG